AUGAACGAAACCUUUCUCUACAACAAUACAGCCUUCUCUUCAUGUCCCAGUUGGUUUCCUUAUCACCUCGUCGACCCAUCCACUCUAUCUAAUAACAAUACACUCGAUAUGGAAUGUCCUGAUACAAUUCUCGUUCCAAUAACAAGUGGAAUUUUAUAUGGAUCUUAUUUAAUAUUAUUUUUAAUUUGUUUAAUUUUUCUAAUUUGGAAGAGGAAGGCAUCUACUAUCAAGGCCAGAUCGCCCGUCAUUUUAUCUUUUGGAUUAGUUGCAAAUUUUACCUUAGUUUCCCUAGCAUUAAUUCGGUGCAUUGUUGGAAAAACUGAUUUUCCAUGUUUUUUAUUUUCGAUAUUUUACUUUAUUUUAGGACCGUGUUUUGUGGUGCCGUCAAUUAUUAGAGGAAUUGAACUGAUUAUUCAAUAUAAGGUCAAUUUAUUGAGAGCUAAGAGUAUUUCUAGAUGUAAUCUUUCGAAUAAUUAUUCGACACAGGUGCAGGAUGUUAAGAGUGAUGUUGUGAGUGAGAAGACUGAAACUCAAUCAGAAUGUGGAACUUCAUAUAAGGAAACUAGAUCAGUACGAGUAUUGACAACUUUGAAUAGAAUACUGCAGAGUGCUAUAUUUCAUUUGUGUUUUACUUUAUUCUUGUUGAUAUUUCAUUUGGGCAUUUGGUUAUGUUCUGGGUUGAUUGAAGAUGGUUUCUAUUCGAAACACAGAUUUUUCAUGACUAAUGCCAGUAUUUUGAGUGUUGGAGGAUGUUAUUCAUCUACUGGAAGUUCGAUUGCCAUGGCUGUGUUUGUUGGAUUAUAUUUUAUCAUUGACUUGAUAAUUAAUAUUAUAUGUUUGACAAUUGACAAUGACACAUUCAACAUCAAGAUUGGAAAUCUAGGCAUGACAGUAGUAAGAAUACUAUGUGGUAUAUUUUACCUUGUAUUUUCACAAGUUCCAGUUUUAAGAUCUACUGGCAGAAUCAUUCCUUCUAUUUAUGUAUUUAUCCUAAACUGUAUUGUUGAACUAAUUGUCACAAUUCUCAUUCCAUCCAUUAAAGAUUGUAUAGAUAAGAUGAAAUACCAAUCAAAAUACAACCAAUCAGAAAUUGAAUGUGUUUUAAAUGACCAAAAACUUUUCAAUAUUUUAAUUGAUUUUUCAAGAAGAAGUUACAGCCCUGAAAGUGUUUUAUUUUACAAAGAUAUUCAACAUUACAAACAAUUGGUGGCAAAGCUUGAAAUGAUGGAAAAUGGAGCUUUUCAACAUGUUGAGUCAAUUAAGAAUUUACGUGUGAAAAUUACACGUUUCGUUCAGAAUAUUGUUCAUGUUUAUUUAUGUGAAGGAAGUGUUAAUGAAUUGAAUAUUCCUAAUUUGAAAAUGAAGAAAUUGGAAUUGACCAACAAGAUUGCUGCAUGUAUAGAAUUUGAAUCUAAUAGAUUUACCAGGGAUUUAUUCGAUUCAAUCUUGGUAGAAUCAAUGCUCACUCUGAUGGAAGUGUAUCAUCGAUUGAAACAACAAAACCCCACCAUACGACAAUUCUCCCUACAUUGGAAAAAUGAUCAAGACAAGCUCAACAAUUCACUGUAA